ACCUUGCCAGCGUCAUGGCCGUCAACGCCAGUGUCAGUUGGUCUUUAUUCUAUGUGAGCGCCGUGGACAGCGCCGCGGAGAAGAGGGCUCGAGCCGCUGCCACGAAACGGCAGCGGCGACAGGCCGAUCCCGAAUUGCGCGCUCGCGAAGCCGAAAGGAAACGUCAACGCCGCCGAGAAGCUGCUAAUGAUGCAACGAGGGCUCGCACAGCUGAAGCCGCACGCCAGCGCCGGCAAGCAGAUCCUGAACUUCGAGCUCGGGAAGCUGAAAAGCGCCGCAAACACCGUCAAGAAGCUACGGAUGCAAUGAAGGCUCGCGAAGCCGAAUCAAAACGGAAACGUCGAGCGGCAGAUCUCGAAGCGGCGCGGCAACGCGAGCGCGAAUCGCAACGGAAACGUCGAGCAGCGGAUCCCGAAGCGGCACGGCAACGCGAAGCCGAAUACCAACGGAAACGUCGAGCGGCAGAUCCCGAAGCGGUACGGCAACGUGAGCGCGAAUCACAACGGAAACGUCGAGCAGCGGAUCUCGAAGCGGCACGGCAACGCGAGCGCGAAUCACAACGGAAACGUCGAGCAGCGGAUCUCGAAGCGGCACGGCAACGCGAGCGCGAAUCACAACGUAAACGUCGAGCAGCGGAUCCCGAAGCGGCGCGGCAACGCGAGUCGGCGGCGAAGGCAGCCAGCCGCUUAAAGCAACUGCUGCGACCCGGAAAGGACGGAGCCGACGCGCGGUUCAAGCGCGAUUUCCUCGACAUGAGCUUCGGGCAGAGCUGCAGUGUGUGCGACCGGCUUUGGUUCGAUAACAACGUGACCAAAAUCGGAAGCAUCCAGAACGAACAGUACCGGAACGCGGCCAUCGGCGUGCUGCAACAACAGUUCGGUAACAUCACUGAAGCGGAUGGCAGCAACGUCAUCAGCAACUACGCCGAGUACACGACAUCACAGACCAAGCCAACUCCAGCUGCAACGUUGGGUGCCAGCACUAUUGAGGCAUCGCAGCAUUCACAGCCAGUUGUGCCGUGUCACUGCACAUACAGUCAGGCUGUGUCUACUGUCGGAACGCAGACUGGGGUGGCAGCUGACCACAGCCCUCGUGUACUGCAUUCUGUGGGAACGCAAACAGUGCCAAAACAAUGCACAAUAAGUGUGCAGACGUCACAGCAUCUUCAUAAGGGUGUUGCCACGCAGGCACACUUUGCUGCACGUCUGCUGGUGUCUAAAGGCACACAGAGUGCUAGUUCUGCCGAAGUCAUCUUGGCAAGAACACCACAGCAUGCAGAUGUACCUGCUUCUCCUGCACCGACAGAAUUCUUUGAGAAUGCCCGCUGCUCGACACCCAUACCAUAUGUGGAAGAGGUGGAGCGCGAGUUUCAAGAAGCUGCUGGCGAUGAAACCAACUCUUGAAUCGUUCGAAGACACGUUUGCAAGUGGGUGUAUGGAGCCAGUCGAAUUGGCAUCUGCAAACGGCGAGGACCCAACAGCCGAAGCUUUAGUACUGCCGCCCCUGGCCUUGGACAGCCAUAUUGAGCCAGGAACUGGAACAGCGCAUACAAGUGAAAACCAAAACCUGGUCACAACCGAUGAUGUAGGUCACGUGACAUUUGGAGGAGCGCUCGGCGAGGAGUAGAGACCAGCCAACGAGGAGAGUAGCGAAGGAAAGAGCGAAACGAGCGAGGGUCAUGUUUCGAUCAUCAAACGCGUGUAACUCUGCUAUUACGGCACCAUUUCAAAAAAUUAUCGCGGCUACGUGUUCGUCGCAGACUCGUGCACAACUGCAACAACACAACUAAAUUUCGACCUCUGGGUGGUUUAGGGGCCAUUAACGUUUCUUUGCCGGAGUACAAAUGCCAUCAUCCUUUUAACGUACACCACGACAUACCCAGAGGUAUGUACGAUUGUGUAACACGUAGUUGCUGAUGAUGUUACAAUCUGUGCUUCUCUCGCUUACGCCUGUCCAUUACCCACGUAGAACUGAAAAAUCAUGUCGAAUGUUCGCGUGGAACGGCUAGCGUAGAUGUGCUUUUGCUGCCAUACUAUCAUCUUCUGUCACACACACAUAUGCUUGCGACCCAUACACACUACUCAUUUUACACAAACAAGUUGGUUUAUCUGGUGACAGUUUGUGGAACCUCAACCAAUGCUGGAUAGUCCGGUACCUGCAAAAUGGGAAGCUUCCCAUAGCAUUGAUUCCUACAGUACAUGGUAUCUGCACAAUUUUUUGUAUCUUUACUAUUUUCAGAGACGAUCACACGGCUGUGUGUUAUAGCUGGCCUCAUAACCUCGCAGUUUAUUUCAUGGAGAUAUGACGACACUAAGUUCUUGCCCUUGCACUUUUGUGAUGCUUGUAGGGCCUAGUCAUCACUGUUGCUCUUUUGAACAAAUUGACAACUUUUUCUGUAUUUAUAAAGAUUAAGUCUUUCUUAUCGAGUUACCACUUUUCCGUACCAGGUAUGUUUCUCACCUCUUUCAUGGGCCAAUCCCAAAAAUAUUGCAGCCUAAAAAUGCGGGUCAAUAUUUGCUACUGGGUAUGUGCCCCCGGGACCACUGGUUGCUGUGAUGUUCCGGAUAUGAAGGAGAAGAAAGGGAACGGAGGGACCUGAUUUUUAUUAAUCUCAUCAUGAAAAGCCAACAAACAAAGGCACCAAGGACAGCAUAGGGGGAAGUGCUUGUACUUACUAAUUAAAUAGAAAAGAUAGAUUAUGGAAAUGAAAGUGGAUUAAAAAACAACUUGCCGCAGGUGGGGAACGAUCUCACGUCUUCGCAAUACACGUGCGAUGCUUUUACAUUGGAUGAAAAAACUACUUGCCACAGGUAGGGAACGAUCCCACGUCUUCGCAUUACGCGUUAAGGGCAUCGCACACGUAAUGCGAAGACGUGGGAUCGUUCCCCACCUGCGGCAAAUUGUUUUUUCGUUCACUUUCAUUUCCAUUAUCUAUCAUUUCUACAAUUCAAUUAGUAAGUACAAGAAAUGUCCCCUAUGUUGUCCUUGGUGCCUUUGAUUGCUGGCUUCUUAUGAUACGAUAUAUAUAUAUAUAUCUACACACGUGUGUGUGUGAUUAAGUAAAUAAACAAAUGAUGUACGCCAGCGUGAUUUGAUUGCAAAUAACAGGGGCCCACUACUCUAACCAUUAUGCCACACAUUGGUCUGACCUCGUCCACCGUCAAUGUGCGACACGUGCAACACCACAGGCAGUACUCUUCAUCACACCAGAGCUGUCAUACAUUUCGUAGCUGACAGGGCGGUGUUACUUCUACGUAGCAGUAGUUGCCUUAAGUGCUGCGUCGUGCCAAGAUGUCACACCCGCGUAUACAUUGAACGCCGUCUAAGGAGUCCAACCACUCUAGCGCAGAAGCUCGAUACUGUAACCAUUUCGCCACGAAUACUUUUCCCCCACAGCGAUAUGCCUCAUAACCAGAUCGUAGUUCUGGGAUGUAAAACAUCAGAAAUUAAAUAUUAAAUAAAUAUAAAACAUCAGAAAUUAAAUAUUAAAUAUAUGUAAAACAUCAGAAAUUAAAAAAAAACUAAUAAUAAAAUCAUACAUGAAAAUGUGGGUUGGUCUCAAAAAUAGUGCAGUCUAAAAACGUGUACUGAUCCCGAAGACAGCACAUGCAACAAAAUUAAGAGUUCAGCGCUCACUCCUACUGCCUUCACAUGAAAGGUGACACGAUAUAGUGGCGUGCGCAGUGACCACGCCCCCCCUAUCUCACCCAUAACUCACUCAGGGAGACUGUAUUUCAUCGACUUCAGUUGGAGGUUGAAUCACCUUCCAACUCUUACGUCACCAUAAACCUUGCAAUUUCCUUUGUACAGCUAUUGCUCGAACAAAAAGGCACCACACAACACUCGUUUCUUGCCCAUGCACAUUACAGUGCUCGUCCUGGCCGUGCUUCAGGCAUGCACUCUAUACUACUACCACUUGUGCUCCUCUUAGCCAAUGGGACCUCCAUAAGCUGAAGUAGGAAAGGAGGCAUUUCAGCUAUUAUUAUAGCUGUCUUGUUGUUUCAACAAUAUUGCCAGUGUCAUUAGUGAACAAAGUACUUAUAGGCAGAAUCUUGCGCUUAAUAGUAACUCAAAGUUCAGGAAAUCAAUAGAGCAAAAAAAAAAAAAUGCGGACAAACAACAUAUGACAGGAUGGGUACCAACUGAGUUUAUUCAUAGUUCAUCUUGCCUUCAUGCUUUGUUUUUGCAACGAGUAUGUUCCCCAUGAUCACACGACUGUCCAAACAUGCCCAAACAGUUUCACAUCAAGACUUGUUGACCUUUAUUUCUAACCGUGGAGUCUACAUUUGUGCAAAAAACAAAACAAUGAAAUGUUAUUUGACUUAAAACUUAAUUGGUAUAGUAAUCAAUUUGUUUGCCAAACUAUUCACAAAUGAAAACUCGCUCCUGUGCGUAAAAAAAAAAGGCUACAACAGGCUAUGCGCUAGGUUUCUUUUGCUAAAUCAGAAUCUUGAGGGAUCAGACUCGGUGUAGCAUAUGUGACACAUUAGGCAUCACAAGGUUAAAGAAUGGCACUCAUCCUGCCAUGUGUGUUCUUUGCCCGCAUCUUGAUUUCUUGAAGUAUGCUUACGGGUAAUAUACACAAGCUCUUUGUUUGAAAUGCAGAGGCAAACAAAAUCUUCACUCUUGAGUCCCUGCAGACAGACUGUGCCAGACAAAAGAUUACACAAAGACUUUUAUUAAAGUAACAAGAGAUGACUUGAGUGACUCGGACAUGGUACAAAGCAUAAAGCGUACUGAGCUGGCUGUUAGUAAAACAACAGCAUCUCUCCAACGCAACACAGAAAACUGAAAAAGAA